AGGUGGCAGGUGUGUAAAUGCUGGUGUAAGGUGACAGACCCAGCUGCAGUGUGAGCAAAUGUUUGUGUUAUCAAAACUGCUCUAUAGUAGCAGGAGGAGAACAAUGGAGCCAUUGGGAGCAGAGUGAUGUGGCAGGCUGUGAUUGGCCGCUCCACACAGAGCCAUCUGAAGGGACAGGAAGUGAACAGCCUCUUUAUUGUCCCUCACACAGUCAGAAUGAGGAGCUUUGGUAUGGAGCUGCUGAUCGCCGUGCUGGGCUCAGGUGUGUGGCUGGUCCCAACACGUCACGCUCGAGAAUGUGGAAGGCCUCUUGUAGGAACUCGCAUCGUAGGAGGAAGCGAGGCAAGAGACGGGGCAUGGCCGUGGCAAGUAGACAUCCAGAUGAUAAGAAGCGGCCAUGUCUGUGGAGGAUCCAUCAUCUCCAGAGACUGGGUUCUGUCUGCAGCGCACUGUUUUCCUGACCCUUCAGAUGUCUCCUCAUACCGUCUGUACAUGGGUCGCUAUCAGCUCAAUGGCGCUAACCAGUUUGAGACGAUGAGAGAAGUGAAGAGGGUGGUGGUGGCACACGGGUACUCAACCCCUCAAGAGGGCAAUGAUGUGGCACUCGUACAGCUGAGCUCACCGCUCACCUGGACAUUCUACAUUCAGCCCGUGUGUCUGCCAAACGCCGACUUCCUGUUCAACGUUGGAACCAUGUGCUAUGUCACAGGCUGGGGUGACACUCAGGAGGGAGUCUCGCUGUCUGGAGCCGGGACGCUACGGGAAGUCAGAGUGCCCAUUAUUGACCAAGAAGCCUGCAACUCCAUGUACCACAUGGACACGUAUAACUCAGACACGCUGUCCAUCCUAUCAGACAUGAUCUGUGCUGGAUACCAGGAGGGAGGGAAGGACUCCUGUCAGGGAGACUCCGGCGGACCCCUUGUCUGUUCCAUGGGGAAUGGCACAUGGAUCCAGGCCGGUGUUGUGAGUUUUGGACUGGGAUGCGCUCAAAAGAACCGACCCGGCGUGUACGCCAGAGUGUCGAGCUUCGUGGGCCUGAUCCGCUCCACGGUGCCGGACGUCCAGCUGCUGGAUCACACCAAUAACCUUGCAGCUCACGGCGUCAUGGUGCUCAGUGUGGCUCUCACAGCAGUGAUGUUGAGUAGGUAGUGAGUGUGUUCAGUGGACCAACGCUGUAAUACUGACCUGGAGCAAGGACGCAGUGAAUUACACCAUCUCACAACCUGGAGCCAUGCUGAACAUUUCAUGUAUAUGUUACAGUCAUCAUAAAGUAGCCGUAAUGCUAAAGCAGGAGUUUAACAGGUUUUGGUGAUAAACAGCUGAUGUGGUGUAUUAACACUGCCAUGCCUGAGAAAUCUAAAGCCACCAGGAACAAUAACUGUUUAACAGCUGAACACAAUAAAGGCUUUAUUUUUAUACGUCAUUAUUCUUUUUCCUUAAAUUAAAUAAUGUCUUUACAGUCUUCAGAGGUAUUUACCUCUAAGUUAAAGUAAAUAAGUGUUAAUUACUGCCUUAUUUUAUAAAGUUAAAGCUGAUGUU